CCAUUCCUCUUCUUCACAUAUCAGCUCAUCACUUCUCACUCUUUCUCAUCUUAUUUCUAGCCAUCUUCUGCCUCAAAUUUAGCCAUAUUUCUCAUCUUAAUUUCAUUGCAUUUUGAAUUAUAUAUAUAAGUAAAAGUGAUUAAUGGCGUCUAGUUCGAUAUCUUCGAGUGGUACAACCACUUGGACCGCUAAGGAGAACAAGGAGUUCGAGAAGGCACUGGCGAUGUAUGACCAAGACACGCCCGAUCGGUGGGCCAAUGUGGCGAGGGCAGUUGGAGGGAAAACCCCGGAGGAGGUGAAGAGGCAUUAUGAAAUCCUUGUUGAGGAUGUCAAAUACAUUGAGAGUGGACAAGUGCCUUUACCCAACUACAAGACCACUGCGGGCGGCAAUCGAGGUAGUAACAUCAAUGCCGAGUAGAGAUCCAUGCAGGAUGAGAAAUAAAAGCUCCAUUGAUGAAGCCGGACGUAAACAAGUUGAUGAUAUGUUAUGGUAUUUGAAUUUUCAACUAAGUUAUCCUGUAUUUGCAUCUAUAUAUUUGCUGAUAAUAUGAAGGGGAAGUAAUAUAUGAAAUCAUUAUUCGUACUUUUUAGUUUUAAUUACUGAAAUGCUUAUGUACAAUUUCGUAUCAAACCUAAUAAUGUUCUUGUGUCUAGUUGACAUAGGACUUUUAUUUGUA